AUGACGGACCUGACCUCUAGCAUCCCGAAGCCGCUGCUCCCUGUGGGCAACCGGCCCCUGCUCUGGUACCCGCUGAACCUCCUGGAGCGCGCCGGCUUCGAAGAGGUCAUUGUGAUUACAAGGAAGGAAAUCCAAAAGAUGUUAAAUUUGGACACAAAAAUGAAGCUGGAUUUUGUGUGCAUCAGUGACAACAUGGACAUGGGCACAGCAGAUUCACUGAGGCAUAUUCACCAGAAGAUUAAGACUGAUGUCUUGGUGUUGAGCUGCGAUCUGAUCACAGAUGUUGAUUUGUAUAAAGUUGUGGAUCUCUUUCGGACACAUGAUGCUACUCUCUCCAUGUUGAUGAAGAAAACUCAUGAACCCACAGAAGUGGCACCAGGACAGAAAGGGAAAAAAAAACCAGUGGAGCAGCGCGACUUCAUUGGAGUGGACGACACAGGAAAAAGAUUGCUCUUCAUGGCUAAUGAAGCUGACUUGGAUGAAGAACUUGUCAUUAAAAGAUCCAUCCUUCAGAAGCAUCCCAGAAUGCACAUCAGAACAGGGCUGAUGGAUGCCCAUCUCUACUGUCUGAAGAAAUAUGUGAUAGACUUCCUUGUAGAAAACAGGACAAUCACAUCUCUCCGGAGUGAACUGAUUCCACAUCUGGUUAGGAAACAGUUCUCUUCUACAUCAUUGCAGCAAGGACUAGACAACAAAGAAGAGGACCAAAAGAAAAAAGAACAAGCAUCCCUAGACAUUUAUAGCUUCAUAAAGGAAGAUAAUAGCUUGCUGAAACCUGCUUCAGAUAACUCUUGUUGGAAUGAUCAUAGAGGAGAUAUGAAUGAAACUCUCCAUGAAGGAAAAGUGCGCUGCUACGUCCAUAUAAUGAAAGAGGGACUGUGCUACCGAGUGAAUACUCUGGGGUUGUAUAUUGAAGCUAACCGACAGGUUCCCAAACUAUUGCUUAAUCUGGGUCUGGAAGAGCCACUGGUUCAUGGAUCUGCACAGAUCACUGACAGAGGCAUGAUUGGAUCAGAUAGCAUCAUUGGGUCAUCCACACAAGUGGGGGAGAAGACAUCUAUUAAACACUCCAUCAUCGGCAGCAUGUGUACCAUAAAAGACAAAGUUAAGAUAACAAACUGCAUCAUCAUGAAUUCUGUUACAAUUGAGGAAGGGUGCUGUCUUCAGGGCAGUGUUAUUUGUCAUAAUGCCGUGAUAGAGAAGGGUGCAGACAUCAAAGACUGUUUGAUUGGAAGUGAUCAGAGGCUGGAAACCAAAGGUAAGUAGACGAGCUGUAUUUACAGUGCAUUUGUAAUAAUUUUCAGAAUUUCUUCCGCGAUAUUUUACUCCUGCUUCUUCAUGAAGUGCCAGUAAACAGUGGCAGUUCUACAGUGUGGUGUCCUAUAAUAUUAGGAUUUGUUUUUCAUGGAAAGUACAGCUUCUUGGCAUAAGAAUAGUUCAGGGACUUGCUCCGCUGAAGUUGGCAGAAAAGCUCUGUUGUUGUUGUUAUAAAGAACAAGAUUGGGUGCUGAGACAGUCUUUUCCCAGAGACCACAAUUAGAUCAGCCUGAAGUUGUCCUCAGCAGAAGGAGCCGUUAUUUUGGCUAGUAAUCUUUCUCAGGGUCAGGGGCAAUGCAGUCAAAUUAUUGAUCACACAGACAUCCUUCUCUUUGUAGAUGCUACCAACCCACAGUGCCAGCGUGCUCCCAUUCACCUUGCUCCAAGCAAAAGAAUACGGAGAUGGAGAUAUAGAAUAUCGUACUAGGAGCUGCUGUGCUCAGUACUAAAUACAAGGGCAGCUACGUUCAGAUCUGCUUUACUGCUAUGAAAUGCUAUUUUGGGGCUUCAGAGAGGUUCCAACUACGUGACCCUCAUUGGGGCAAAGUUAAGCCAUCCAGUGGAAGUGUGCGUGCAAGGGCUCGGUGGUCAUCGCCUGAGUGGAACUAUUGAUUUCCUGCCCUAAGAGAUAAUGGGCAGGAAAUGGCUGUCUCAGUGACUGCAUCCCAAGCAGAGGGCUUUUUAAUGAAUAUUUAUAGUUGGGGUUUGGCAGAUCCCUGCUCUAGGGUGUGGACUGAGGACAAAAGUGAGUUCCUUUGCAGGCUCCAUGUGAAGUUAUUUA